AUGGCGAAGGUUCACCCCAGCAUGGCGCCCGCGCCGGGCGCCGUCGACGAGGCGCCGUGCGCGCCGGCCAGCUCCGCGGAGGGGCCCACGACGCUGACGGUGUGGCGCAAGUCGCUGCUAUUCGACUGCAAGGGGUUCACGGUGUUCGACGCCAAGGGCAACCUGGCCUACCGCGUCGACAGCUACGCCUCCGAGAGCGGCGACGAGGUCGUCCUCAUGGACGCGGCCGGCCGCCCCAACUUCACCGUCCGCCGUAAGCGGUUCAGCCUGCAGGGCGAGCAGUGGUUGGUGUUCGCCGGCGAGGAGACGCGGCGGCCCGUGUACACAGUCAGGCGCAGCGGCCGCGGCAAGACGUUGGCGCACGUGACGGCGUGCGCGGGCGCCGGAGCCGGGCCGUCGUACGAGGUGGAGGGGUCCUACGCGCGGCGGAGCUGCGUGGUGUACGACGGAGAGCGGCGCGCGGUGGCGGAGAUCAGGCCGAAGGAGGUUGUCGGGACUGAUGUUUUCCGGCUAGUGGUGCAGCCCGGAGUCGGCGUGUCGCUCGCCAUGGCCGUGGUGGUGGCGCUCGAGCAGAUGUUCGCCAGGCCGUCGCUGCUCAGGAGCUGGUCCACCGUAGAUUAG